AAACCCCUAUACCCUAAACCCCUAUACCUUGAACCCUUUACCCUAACCCCUAUUCCCUAACCCCUAUACUCUAUACCAUAUUCCCUAAACCCUAUACCCUAACCCCUAUUCCCUAACCCCUAUACUCUAUACCAUAUUCCCUAAACCCUAUACCCUAAACCCUUUUCCCUAACCUCUCUACUCUAUACCCUAUUCCUUAACCACUAUACCCUAAACACUAUUCCCUAACCCCUAUACCCUAAACCCUAAACCCUAUCCCCUAACCCCUAUACUCUGUACCCAAUUCCCUAACCCUAUACCCUAAACUCUGUUCCCUAACCCCAAUACACUAAAACCCUAUUCCCGAACCCCUAUACUCUAUACCCUAUUCCCACACCCUACCCCUUUCCCUUGUCCUAUCUCCUCAUCCAAUACCCCAGCCUCUCUACCAGGGAGACACCAGUCUACAGCAUCAAGUUUUCCAGUGUGGGUAAUAGCAGGUCCAGUCGUCAUCAUGUUCUAUGGGUCGUCCUCCACCUCGGGGGCCUCCAUGUCUCUGCCCUCCAAGAGCCGUCUCAAACGCCAGAGCAGAACUUUCACGCAGGUCCUGUACCGGACUCUGAGUUACCGGGAUCGUCCCCCGGCCGACCACACCUCCCGAGACCGCCGCUCCAUCACCGAACCCCCCGACGACCGUCCCCGUGACGACCCCGCGGAACUCUCCACCCAGAGCUCCGCCCCCGGCGUCCUGAAGAUCUUCGGAGAUGAGAUCUGCGAGGGCGCCAACUACAAGUCCGUCCUCGCCACGCCUCGGUCCAGCGCACAGGAACUGGUCAAAGAGGCGCUGGAACGCUAUUCGCUGAACAAAGCCUCCGCCCACUCCUACGUCCUCUGCGACGUGAUUGGCCAGCUGGAGGGGGGAGGAGGUCAGGAGGGAGGAGAGGGGGAAGGAGUAGGACAGGGGGGAGGAGGGGGGUGGAGGACGGAGUGUCUGCGGGCGAUGGGCGACAAUGAGAAGCCGUUAUUGUUACAGGAACUAUGGAAGCCCAGAGAGGGACAUGCCAGGAGGUUUGAGCUGCGGAGGAGAGCAGAGGUAGAGGAGCUGAAUGCCAAGGAGAAGGAUACGGUCACUGCAGGACCCAAAACACCCCCCUUCCUCGCAGCCCUAAUGGUCCGGUCUGGUCUAGGUAGAAUCAUCUCCUCCCCUCUGCGUUCCGGCCGGGUGGUACAGCCCAACACCCCUGGCUCUAAAGGUGGGCGUGGCCGGGUGGUACAGCCCAACACCCCUGGCUCUAAAGAUAUCAACGCCCAGGCUAGGAAGCUACAGAAGAACAGAACUAAAGGAACUCUGACACUACCUCGACCUGGGACCACCUUCUGCCGCUCCCUCAGUGAGACCAGUCUCAACCAGUUGGGGGGUGCAGACGAGCCGAAGCGUUACUAUUCGACCCUGCCGGGACCUCUGAGGACGAGGGGGAGUCAAGGGGGGGCCACGAUCAGGAAGAAGGAGGGAGAGGGGGGAGGAGCGGGGGGAGGAGGGGUGAGACAUUCCCUCUACCAGUCCCCUCACCUGCUGCUGCUGCAGGGAUACAACAAACAGGACUGCCUGGUGUACCUGUUGAACAGAGAGCAGCACACUGUGGGUCAGGAGACCCCGUCAGCCCGACCAAAUAUCUGCCUGUCCUCUCCUGACAUCCUGCCACUCCACUGUCGCCUCCACCGCGUCCCUGCCCCCCGUCGCCAUUGCAGCACCCCCAACAACAACAACCCCUCCGCAGCCGCGGCCGCCAUCACCGGGGACGACCGCUUCUGUGUUGCCGUGGAGCCCAUCCCCCACGCGACGGUCCUGGUCAACUUCUCCCGGUGCGAGCAAUCCACCCAGCUUCGCCAUGGCGACCUGCUGUCGUUCGGAGCCCACUACAUCUUCCUGUAUAAGGACCCAACGGGUGCCAAACCCCUCCCCGCCCAGACGCUGGCACGCCUCCGAACCCUGGGGCAGCUUUACGAGGCUGGGGGAGGGGGGGUGGAGACAGAGGGUGGGACAGAGGGGGGAGGGACCUGUAAGAUGUGUGGCUCAUUGUUAAAGGACAGGGGGGUGUUGUCCUCCCAAACCGGCCCCCCCGCCAGGCGCAGUUUCAAACCACACCUGGUGAAACCCCGAGGCGGGGGUGUGGGGGGGACAGGCGUCGUAACGACGAUCUUGGCGGGACAGAACCAGAAGAGACGCCUACAGCUAGACUUUGAACAGGCCCACGAGGACGCCCUGGUGAGCAGGAUCAUGUCUCUGAUCGAGCCGGGCGGAGAUGAUCACAAGUUAGCCCCUGCCUACCUGCUGUGUCUCUGCAUACAGCACUCUGCCUCCGCCUUCCCACCAGGCUGCUUCGGCAAACUGCUGCUGAAGAUAGUACGAUGUAUACAGACCAUCUCCUGGGAGAAGACAAAGGAAUUGGCACAGAAGCAAGCUCAGCAUCAGGACCCGGCCUCCCUGUCUCUCCUGUCCAUCAGUGAUCUGAUCCCAGACCUGCAGGUCGUAUUCUUCUGGAUGUCCAACAGUAUAGAGAUCCUCUACUUCAUCCAACAGAAGGCCCCAGCGUACACACAUGGCAUAGAGACGCUCGACUCUAAAGGUUCCAAGGAGUCGUUGCUAUCGGCGACCAUCUCAGCCAAUGAGGAGGCUAUGACCAUCCUGGAGGAAGUGAUCAUGUACACCUUCCAGCAAUGUGUCUACUACAUCACCAAGUCCCUGUACGUAGUACUUCCUGGUCUGCUGGACUGUAACCCGUUCCCAGUGGACAGCUCUGAACCCUGCUGGAGAGGAGGUACAGGGUUUCCUGAGCCCGUACGCAGGGUCCUGCAGGUGUUCCAGUGCAGUCAGGAGUUACUCCAGGGGUACCAGGUCCACUCAGAGGUCCAGGCCCAAAUGUUCUCCUAUCUCUUCUUCUUCUCUAACGUAUCUCUCUUCAACCAGCUCAUGGACAAGGGUCCGUCGCGGGGCUGGUUCCAGCGCUCUAAGGUUCUCCAGGUACAGGCCUGUGUCAGGAUGGUUCUAGAGUGGACUAGGAAGGCGGGGCUUAGUUACCUGGCAGACAAGUUCUUCAACAAGUUCAACAGCGCUGUCAGCAUCCUGGCCACACCCCCUCAGCAGCUAACACAGAUGAGUUGGAAGGUGCUGUGUGCGGACCACCCCAGUCUGAAGCCGGUUCAGCUGCAUGGCCUAUUGACUCAGUACCAGUUGACAGCUGAGAUGGGGCCUGUUCCUAUCUGGCAGCCCAGCAGUGAGGAUGAGGCAUACAUAUACAGGACAGUGGACUUGUUGGAGAGUUUUGAGAACCACCCCCCCAUCAUCCUCCCCAGCGGGGGGUUCAGAGUGGACCUGGACAGUGACUGUAUAGAGGACAGCAUCUAUAGACAGCUGCUCUACGUCAAACACUUCCUCUGGGGGUUACGCACAAAGACUCACACACACCCCACUGUCAACAACACACACACUCACACACACCCUACUGUCAACAACACACACACUCACACACACCCCACUGUCAACAACACACACACUCACACACACCCCACUGUCAACAGCUCACACACUCACAAUCACACCGCGGUUAACGGGACUGGAACGAGCACGAGCACCGGGACUAGUACCACCGCCGCAGACUGGCAGCAAGCACAGAGGGACUGCCCUCCGUCCCACAACAGUCCUCGGUCAGGAGUGGGGGAGGAGUGGGUGAGGGAUAGACCCCCAGGCCAAUCUCACAGCAGUGUGAGGAGGAAUGGCACCGCCCCCCACCUCCGGCCGACCAACCAGGACCCUUCGUGCCUCCUGACUUCGCCCAACACGCCCCGGAACCCCGAGGGGGGUGGGGCUGACCUGGUUGGACACGCCCCCCAGGUCAACGGCUGCAGUAAUAGCAGACCUUCAACGGACGGGAAGAAAAGCAACGGACUAGAGGGUAGUUUAUGUGAGGUCCCCUUCCCCGUGCCUCCCGGGGCCCUGUUACCUGAUGAUGAGUGUUGUCUGGUGUUUGUAGUGGAGCUGAACAAGGGACCCUACGGACUGGGCAUGGGACUCAUAGAUGGACUGCACACGCCUCUGAAUGCUCCAGGGAUCUAUAUCAGAACUCUGAUUCCAGACGGUCCGGCGGCGUCUGACGGGAGGCUGAGGAUUGGAGACCGGAUACUAGCGGUUAACGGGACCAGCCUGAUAGGAGCAGACUACCAGAGUGCUGUGGAUCUGAUCCGGCUAGGCGGAGGGCGCCUGCGUUUCCUGGUGGCCAAGUCAGACCUGGAGGUCUCAGAGAAGAUCAGCGCUUCGUCCUGCUGACUGGUGGGAACGGCGGGAAUCUCCACGGGAACGCUGCCCUCAGCUCCACCAGGAGAGAGGAGGAAGAGAGGAAGGAAAGUGGUAGAUGACAAAGAGAAAGAUACGCUGAGCGGUAGAGAGGAGAUGGAUUCUAGGAAGACGGACAGAUCCUGGAAUGAGGAGAUACUCCUGGGAGUGAGAAAGAGCUUUCCUUCAAUCCCUAGUAUCACAUGCACAGACACACACAUCAGCCUCAUCCUCAGAACUCAGACGAUGAUGGUCGGAAAAAAACUGAAAUCCCAAAUGAAUCGAUGAAAAGCACCAAACACUGGGAAGACUCAGGAAUUGAUCAGGAGUUUGUGAUGACAACAGACACUUAAAAACCAGACAGACAUUCUAAUGUUCGUUACUGCACUGUUACUACGGUAACACAUGCCCUGCCUGGAUUGUCGGAGGUACCGAGUCACCCCCACCCCGACUCCCAUUGUCUCUGAGUAUGACUGCCAAGGCAGUUCGACCAAUCACCUGCGAAUAGUUAGUGGUUUGAAGCUAAGUCUAACCAAUCAGUCUCGAGCGUUAACCCCUUCCAGCUGGGGUUCUUUUAAAGCACAGUGGAGUUCGUUAGGGGCUGCGGUCCGAUUCUCCACCCUUCUCCCCUGAAGUCAACAAUACAAUGCUUUCAAUCAAACACGUUGUGGGGAAUAGAGUCAGAAGCAGGUUGAUGUGUGUGAACACGUCUUUAUUAAUAUUAUAACCCAGAGAUGUAGCUUUCUGAUCUGUUCUUCAACUGGGGCCCACUGUUAACCAAUCUGCUGACCAAACCAUUGAGAUUCAAUGGAAAAUGUCCAAAAUGAUGAUGUUGGCCUCUCAUUGACUAUAUAUACACGUGGUAUGUACUAACUGCAUGGCUAUAUGUACAUAUCAAUGUGCACUUCCACACUACACUCAGUAUGGAGGACUGUUGGAGUGACAUGCUCUAUUGAAGAAUGUUCUGUUGUUCUAUUGAAGAAUAUUGUGAUGUUCUAUUGAAGAAUGUUGUGUUGUUCUAUUGAAGAAUAUUGUGACGUUCUAUUGAAGAAUGUUGUGACGUUCUAUUGUUCUGGAAGAAUGUCAUCAUGAACCCUGUUUAUAGCUGAUGCUAGCCUGUGUCCUGGUCUCGUCCACAUUUCUACCAUUAAAAGAACUUAUAGUGAUCAGAACUUUCUGACCGCCUCCAGAGGUUGUUCUGAGGGCAGCUCCGCCUCCAGGGAACUGGCAGAACAAAGCCAUUGGUUGGAUGAAAACUCAGUGACAUGUCAGUGGGCAGGGUUUACAGGCGAGAGUCAAAUAAGAAAAGGCCUUGGGUGGUAGGUUGCCACCUACGAGGUUGCCAGUUCGAAUCCCAGUUGAGACUUUUGUUUUCCCACCUUACUCAACAUCUUUAACUAUACUGAACAAAAAUAUAAACACAACAUGUAAAGUGUUGGUCCCAUGUUUCAUGAGCUGAAAUAAAAGAUCCCAGAAAUGUUCCAUACGCACAAAAAGCUUCUCAAAUUUGGUGCACAAAUUUGUUUACAUCCCUGUUAGUGAGCAUUUUUCCUUUGCCAAGAUAAUCCAUCCACCUGGCAGGUGUGGCAUAUUAAGAAACUGAUUAAACAGCAUGAUCUUUACACUGGUGCACCUUG